AUGACCAAUGCAGGGUUUUAUCGCACUCUAUGGAAGACAGGCCUCUUUGACACUGACAUGCUGAAGCGGCAAGUCCAAGAAAAAGACGAGGAUGUUCAGCUCUGGAGUAGUGCGGAGCUGCUAUUAGAUCUUAUCAGAUCUGAUAGACCACGUCCCCCCUUUACCAAAGUCAGUGCAGAGAUCUUUUUUGAUGGCUCCCAAUCCGCAGAAGCUGAUGAGAAACCUUCCAUAGACGUUAAAGGGGCCACUUUGAACCUUUUCUUUGACAUCUUACAUCAGUCGUCAAUCUUGACCAGUAGCCUAGUUCAAUACUUGACCACCAAACUACUCCUUAAUUGGAGUGAUGUGGAUACAAUUUCAGCGUCCCUAGAUCCUGUGGGAUACGUUUGUUUACUGCUGGUUUACCACUCAAUGGUCUCAUCAGAUUCGGCACUCGUCCUUUUAAUAGAGAAGUUAAUUACGGCAACUAUCCAUUCAAUCAGUAAUAAGCGCUUCAAUGAGACUUUAGGAACGUUUUUGGUCAUUUGUCGGGGAACUCUAGUUGACAUUGAGGAGCUAAUAAUACGUCACUCCAUCUCUCUGCAAAACCUUGCACAGUAUGAGAGGAAUCUUGCCUUUCUUUCAGGGAUGGCACACGGGUACACAUACCUGCAAAUAGAGUCCCAUAAGUUCGCUGUUUUAAGCAAGCACUGCGGCUUCUCUCGCGGGGAUACAUUCGCUCUAUCACAAUCACUAAUGAAAGUGCUGCCGGCAAACCAGUGUUUGUUACAAUAUCAAUAUAUGGAUCUCCUUGCUAUUGUUCUGUCCGUCAAUCUGUGGCAACCUCAAGCGUGCAGCACUCUUACCGAUUUCCUAAAUCACAUUCAGGCAUUAAGUCAUCAAGCAGGCUAUAAAUUAAAGACUGCAAUGCGCAUCAAUCCCCAUAGCUUCUUAGCUGUUUCUAUUAUCCGUCUAUGCUCACGACUUAAAAGCUUUGUCAAUGGAUCUCUUGAGCAAUUGCAAGUGAAGACUCCAGCGCAACAAAAUAUUCUCGUCACGCUGCGCACGCUGCUGCAGCGGAUGCAGCUAUUGAUCACUGAUGCCCUCAACGGACAGGCAACCGUGGCAGCUAAGAGCAAUAUUUUUCUGAAGGACCUUCGAUCAACGUUCCCGACCAUGUACAGUGAGUUUAUACGGCCAUAUUGUUGCGCAUUUAUAGUACUGCUUGAUGUAUGUGCAUAUUUGAAUAAGAGAGGCGUAGAGAUCGGACUCGACACGACAGACAUGCAAGAGUCUUUGCUUAUCAUCUGGAGGUCACUUAUUGUCUUGGAUGCUCCUUAUCUGGGCCAUAAAGACACCAAGAAAGGCCUUUACUUCCAUCUCUCCUCGGGCUUCUAUUGUGAUUCCCUGUUAGACUUUCUACUAGAACAUCUCAACAUUUCUACGUCAGACAACAAUUUCUUCAGUAAGUUAACUGAGGUAAAUUGGUCCACACUAUUCAAGCACCUUGCCUUUCAUACAGAGCCAGUUCCGUUUGUCUUUUCUUCCGAUAGGAAAUAUAGUUUAGAGGAGGAAAUGCCGGCCGGAAGUCUGCAUCACCUACGUGAGUCCCUGAUAGCCGAGCUUAACUCCCGGUCGUUGUCUCAUCGGAAGACGCGAGAUGCGGUUAACUCCAUUCCUGAUGGAUACAUCUGUGGGCUCUACGCUCUCACUCUCAUUGAGAUUUAUUCUGCGCUUUGGUCUGGACGAGGUUCAUUGAGUCUAGCGUUCAACAAGAAAGAGAAAUCCGUAGUGGGCAGACUUAGUCGAUAUAAUAUCUAUGGAUACUUGCCUAAAGAACCUUUCAAUGAGCUUAUUAAUUUUGAAAAGGAGAUUGUAAGGCAGAAGUCCGAGGAUAAAGGUGGUAUCUACCUCCUCAAUGAAUCAGCAGGAGAUGUUCCACUAUACUUUUCAUCUUCUAGCCCGUUAGAUGCAGAGAACUGCAUUGUCUCUGUAGGGCCCAUACCAGAUGAGCCCCUUACAAAUAAUAAGAGCUCUGCAGGGAUUUCUUCAACAAACUUUUUUAAGUUCUAUGCCGAGCUUUUCUGUUCGGUGUAUGAACAGCUCUCUUCAUACACGUUUUUGGAAGAGCUUAUCAUUCACCAAGAAGUAGCACACAAAUGGACUUCAAUUUGCUUUGCUAGUAAUCCUAAGACACACACUCGCACAAUCCCUGUCUUUCUUGUUAAGGACGUGGACAUCCCUGACCCUCUGCCAGACCUUUUAUUUCGCAAGAUUGUUUUUGAAAUUGUCAAUCUUCUUGUGAGCGCAGAAGACUCUAUGUCGCUCACUGAAAUUAAUAUCUAUCUCGACUUCGCAGGCACACUAUUGCAGAAGCUUCCCAAUAUAAAGCUUAGCCCGUCUAUACUCAGUCAAUAUAUUCAAACAGGGGUUUCAAUUUAUAACAAAUUUAAUUUCAUAUUUGGUGUCACGGCAGAUUAUUUUGCAUCCAUUAUGUCGAAUUCUUUCUUUUUUGAACAGCUCUUAACGAGUGCAUUUAUCUGCAAUGACAGACAGAAGAUGCUCAUGGUGGUACCAGCCAUUAAUGAAUUUUUCUCGAAGCUUUUCUCACACAAUCGUUUUAUCUCCGUCCUGUAUGCACAUGCUAUUAAUCAUGCUGCCCUGAAACACUCAGAUGUUAAUUUUUCCACUGCAAACUUGCCCACUACCCUGUCGAUAAUUUUAAGCAACAUAUUCCUGAAGUUUACUCGUAACUCCUUCUUAGUCCAGCAACCUCAAGUUCACAGUACUGAGGAAUCCAACCAAGAGGGGUACAGAUACAUAGUUACAAGUCAGAUUGAGUUCUCUUGUCUCAUGACGGAGCUCAGAGAGCACUUGUGUAGCCUGCCCAUUUGGGAGUACAAGCAGACGGCUAUUGCGUGCCUAGAGUCCAUGCUUGAUAUGCUGACAACUCCGCCCAUAGCCCUAAACUUGGGCUCUAGCAAACAGGCUUGCCGAUAUAUAUCUGUAGAGGACCAUUUCCUUGCUAAAUAUAUUCCUGAUACCUUCUAUCUUCUGAAUCAGAAGCGGUUGUCUGUGUUAGUGCCCACAGACUUCGGAUUUACCGAACUGACAACAACCAUGCACGGAAUCUGUAUCGAUGGACAUACAAAGAAGUGUGGUAUACAGCUCACCCUUUACUUUUCAUCGCAUUUGAUGCGUCUCAUUGUUAUGAUGAAGCGGGGAGCAAGCCCACUUUUACGCCCGAUCAUAAAGGGGCAAAAUUGUACUCUUGAAACGAGCAUGACGCAGAUUCAGCAGCCUGCAGAGGCUGAUGUCAAUCCUCUGCUGAUAGAUCUUGACGAGGGUUGUGAGUUACUCAAUGCCCUUCUGAUAUUUGCAAGCAAUGAGCUAGAUUUCGACCUUGCAGUGCGAGCCUCAAUCUUUUGCAGCGACUUCAUAUAUGUUUUAGCAUCCACCUGGCCUGUUAUGCUCUUCAUUCAAAAGUUUUCAACAAACAUGUUUCUUUCCCACUCGUCUUCAAAUGUAAAGCCGUCUAUGGUACUGCCACUAAUCUCAUUAAAAGAUACAGGUAUGUCAGGGUAUACACUACUGACAACUUUGCGCACAUUGCAAAUAAUUUUAUACUUUAAUCAAUUUUUUAUGUACAAUUCAACCAAUCUUCAUCUUAGAACAAAGUACAGAUUUCAGCUGUAUAGAUAUUCUUAUAAAACGGUGGUUGAGUUGAACAGUAUCUGGACAAAACCGUCUCGUUCAUCAAAAGGCCCCAGCAAGCGAGGAUUCGACUCGUCCCUAAUAGCCUGUUACUUGGCCUUCUACUACACAAAGGCAAUUAUUGCUAAGCUACUGAUCAAUCUUGUAUUCCUUUUGCGUUGUGACAAGUCUAACCUUCUGACCUACACUGAUAGAUACUUUGCUGAUUGUCUUUCUGAGCUGCACCAGAUUGUCCCAUACUUUUGUGAUGUACAACGCAAUGAGGCAUCGGUAAGGUCUGCCCUGGAUAAUCGUCAACACUCUGACCGCAAGACCACAAUGGAUCACGGCUUUUCAUUGAAUACAAAUAGGUUUUCUCGUGAGCUAUCGUUCUAUGUUUCAAAUAUUAUGCCACUUAUUGCCGAAAUAUCUCAUUGCAGCAUCGCAAAUCCGGCGUCUCUAUAUACCAAUCAAACAGGAGCCAGUGGUUUUAGAGUCUUGGAAGACGACACAAUCUCAACCUCCAUCCUGAAGAUCGUCGCCUUGCUCGGUCGAAGACAUGGAGAAACCUUAGACGCGAGUCUCCAACUCAUGCGGAACUUUAUCCCGCUUAUGGAUGGAGCCAAGAUUGCAAUAGGCUGGCUUGUGGACGUCCUUCAGACAUACCUAAAUCCUCUUCGGGCUAUUCUACCAAAGAAUAGUAAGGUAUUUACAUUAGCCUCAAACAUUAAUCGCUCCUGUAAUAGCCUGCCCAACUUUGCUCCAAUGUGCGCUGAAACAGGUAGUGAAGCACGCCAUAUGACGGCAGCGACAGGCCUGUUAUGGUCUUAUCAGCGCCAAGAUACUCUUUUUGCCCAGUACUGCGUGUGCAAGAAUGCCUUCGUUAACACACUUUAUGAGAAUAUGUUCAGCAAGGAAACCAUUUCCGCACUCAUUCAUACCACUUGCUACAUGGAUAACCGGGACUAUCAAAAGUAUAUGAAUCCAUAUUACAUUUCUCGAUCACGGUCAGGACUUGAACAGCAGUACCAACAAAAGUACGAGCAUGACCAUUUUCUAAAAAUCACCACACCGGCCAUUUUACCUGAUAGAAUCCCUUUAUCUGCCGAUAUUAUAACCAAUUCAUCAUUUGUCAUGACGAUUCUUCAAAUAUUAGCGUCUGCUGAUCUCAUUAAUGCGAAUAUACUAGCUUCUUUUGCAGAUAUGAUAAAUAAGAAAAGCGUCUUCACAGAGCUGUCAAACUACACGGAAAGCUGCUUGCUACCGUCUAAUAAAGAGAGUGCACGGUACCCAACCGCUGCCAUAGAGCUCCAUGCUCAUCCUUCCAAAAAGAUCCAUACAGCCCGCCAGCUUCUCUGCAUGGCGGUUCCAUCAAUAUCCAUUGCGUGUUCCCUCCUCAAUAGCUACUCCUGCCAAGAGAUCCGCUACGUAGCUGCUCUAAAAUUCUAUUACCUCUCGCACAUAGGGAAAAGCAAAACAAUCCUGGCAUACCUUCUUUUCCUCACCAAUGCAUUACACUUCGACAUGUACUCCGGUGAUUUGCUCAUCAACAUAGCCUCUCAUUCGCGUCUUUUUGGGCUCUACACGUUGAUUCAGCUUAGCUCUUUAUAUUCUCAGUUUCUCACACAACAGCACAGUGAGAUCUUUCUCAGUGUUGCAGUUGGCGGAGCUGUUGCAGAAGAGCUGCUAUCAAUUAUAAAAAGUAUGACAUUAGACAAGCUGGUUGUGUACAUCCACGGUAAUCCAUUUUCCAAGCAGAUCGAGCAACAGAAAUAUUUAGCGUUGCAGGAGGUAAUAACGAAGAAGCUUUCUAGUAAAGGAGUCACUCUACAGACCAUAAGAACUAAUCUGAUGACAUUCUUUGGCUAUACGAAAGCAGGGGCUGCUCCAGAUAACGGUCCCAUCUAUGCGCUCUAUCAGCAACUAAUGCUUUCGAUACCAGAUACGAAUCAUAUUGUUAUUCGUGCAUAUCUAUUGUACCUCCUUAUCCUAACAUCAGGUUCUAAGGAAGAUGCCCUAUUUUAUAUAGCCAAUCUUCAUUUUUAUGAUACUAUGACGAACUAUUCCGCUGAGUUACUACGAAUAAAUGCCGGAAACAGGGAUCCAGUCCUGGCCCAGAAGCUGAAGGAGUUCAGUGCAGUACUAAAUGCAAAGAGCAACAUCGUGCUACUUAGCGACCCUGAUUACACAAUAACAGGGAUUUGCUAUCAGAAAGCGAAGUGCUUGAAAUCUCAUGCAAAGGCACCCUAUCUGGUGUUCUUUAACACUCUAAAGACCAACGCCACCCACAAAGCAGCUGUUAAGGGAGGAAUAUUCAAAGCAGGAGACGAUGUCUCGCAAGAUCAGCUAACAAUGGUGUUGAUCUCGCUGUUCAAACAGGUCUUCGAGCCAUUGAAGAUGUGGCUUUCUCCUUACAUUGCACUUCCAAUAGGAAAGGACUACGGCUUCAUAGAGCUUUUAAACAAGGCCAGCAGCCUUGACCAGAUAGGUGCAACUUCGGACAACUUCUUAGUGGGAUACAUAAGUAGCAUUACCGAAGCCAGUAGAGAGGAAGCUACUGGCACCCCGCACGCUUCACAAAAGCUAAGUCUUACCGUCGCCAAACGGCGCUUUCUAUUAUCUUACGCUGGGUACUCAAUUCUUAGCUAUCUAUUAUCAUUCAAAGAUAGACACAACGGAAACAUCAUGAUUAACGAGUACUGCAACGUAAUUCAUAUAGAUUUUGGGUUUCUUUUGGAAAUAGCCCCUGGGGGAAAGUUUAAUACUGAAAGCGCACCAUUCAAGCUGACAAAGGCGUUUAAAACGAUAUUAGGUGGCGAAGAAUCAACGUCAUAUACACUGUUUCAGCACAUCUUCGUUAGAGGCCUGCUCUUGUCUAAAAUAUUUGGGAAGGAUAUUUCUUAUUUAAUUGAAGCCAUGCUGAAGUCAAAUCUCCCUGCAAUCAAGGGCAGUGGGUCCAUCACACAGUUCAGACAAAGGAUGUUCCUGGAAGAUUCGUUUGGGUCUGCUGCGGAGCAGGCAGUUCAGCUAAUCAACGAGAGUUCUAAGAAAGGGUAUGGGGCGUAUGAUAAGUUCCAGAGCUGGCAGAACAAUAUAACCUAUGGCUAG